AUGAGCGAUCUAUUGUGGCAGUCCUUCUGGAUUCCUACCCCAACCCUAACGGAGAAUAAUCUUCCGGAUCAAACAGGAAAAGUCCACAUUGUCACCGGGGGAUACACUGGAGUUGGUCUUGAACUUGUCAAGAUUCUAUAUUCCAAAAAUGCCACGGUGUACAUCGCAGGGCGCAGUCCAAACAAGGCAGCAAGGUCGAUAUCGCUGAUUAAAGACCUCUUUUCAUCCUCAAAAGGCAGAGUGAUAUUUUUGGAAGUCGACUUCUCCGAUUUCUCAAGUAUCAAGCCAGCCGUGAAAGAGUUCCUAUCUUCGGAAGACAGGCUUGACGUCCUCACUAACAAUGCAGGUGUCAUGAGACCCCCUGCAGGGUCCACAGACUCCCAUGGACACGAAUUGCAAAUGGGCACGAACUGCCUGGGCCCGUUCCUCUUUACCAAGCUCCUUAUACCUCUACUAGUAAAGACGGCCAAGACCGCUCCAUCGGAGUCAGUUCGUGUGACCUGGGCUUCAUCAUUGACCGCGGCUAUGAUGGCGCCCAAUGGGGGAGUCCAGUUUGAGAGCAAUGGCAUCGUGAACCAGUUUUUCGACAACAAGAACAAGGCUUAUGGCCAGUCAAAAGCCGCCAACUGUUUGAUUGCUGCUGAGUUCGCGGCUCGGUAUGGAAAAGAUGGCAUCAUAUCUGUUUCCUGGAACCCAGGAAAUCUUCACUCUGAGCUUCAAAGGCAUAGUACCACAUUGCUAGAAAAAAUUGUCAACUAUAUGCUGCUGUAUCCUACCAAAUAUGGAGCUUACACAGAGCUAUAUGCAGGCUGGUCACAAGAUAUCACAUCUUCCCAGAAUGGUGCGUAUGUUGCCCCAUGGGGGCGGUUAUUCAAGCAGAGAAAGGACAUAACCGAGGGAAUGAAGCGAAAGAGUGAGGGCGGAACGGGUCACGGCGAGGCUUUCUGGGAAUAUUGUGAGAAGGAGACUGAAAAGUACGAAUAG